GGUCUGCUCCGCUCCGCUCUCCCCUUCCAUAUUGCUGCAGCCCAGAGCAGGGAGCCCGGGUUGCCCCCGGGGGGGAAGAGGAGAGGGAGAGGAGUGGGAAAGGCAGAAAGAAGAGCCGCUGGGCCCCAGGCCUUCAGGGGUGGGGGGUGGCGGGGGGAGCCUACGACCCCAGGCGAGGAGACAAGACAGGGGUUCCCCCCCCCCGCCCCGGCACCGUCGCCGCCGCUCGGGGCCUGGGCUUCUCGACUGCUCCCUCCGACGGGGAGAGAGAGAGGGAGGGAGAAAAAGGAGGGGGCCGCGCCCGGCUGCUCGGCUCGAGUCGCCCCUCGACACUCCCCUCCUGCUCCGGCCCCCGGGGACGGAGAGGGGGGCAGCCCCCUGAGGCAGCCUUCCCGGAGAGGAGAGUGGCAAGGCCGGGCAGCUUCAGGAAAGUUUGAGGCGGCGGCGGGCGAGAGGGGUGGGGGCGAGACUGCCGCGGCGCCGGCGGGGGCUUCAGUUCGGGAGGCAGGCGCUCCUAUGGCCACCGAGGUGGAGUCGCUCCCGCCGGGCAACCCCCUCCUUCAGGCCGAGGAGCACGGCGGGCUGGUGAUGAAGCAGCCGCCGCCGGCGCCGCCGCAGCAGCAGACGCCGCAGUCCGAGGGGAAAGGAGAGCCUCUGGACGAAGGCGCCCGGUCCUCUCGGCCGCCCGGCUCGGCUAAGCCGUCCCGGGACGAGGGCCCCCAGCCCGAGAGGGAGAGCCUGCAGUUGCCGCCGCCGCCGCCGCCCCGGGGCGAGAGUGACGGCGGCAGUGGUAGCGAGGAGGGCGGUGAGACUGGCCGCCGCGAGUUCGUAGAGGCCCCUCCGCCCAAGGUGAAUCCGUGGACGAAAAACGCGGGACCUACGGCCUUGGUCACCGUGAACGGACAGUCCCCGCCAGAGCAUUCAGCUCCGGCCAAAGUGGUGAGGGCAGCCAACCCCAAACCUCGAAAAGGUAGCAAGGUUAGUGAUUUUGGAGAUGCUACCAACUGGCCCACACCUGGAGAGAUAGCCCACAAGAGUGUUCAGAAUCCCUUAUUUCUCCUCCAGCCCCAGCCCCAUAAGCCAGCUCCACUUCGCAAACCACCCCUGAAGAAGGAUAUGAAGGAACAGGAAAAAGGAGAUGGGAGUGACAGUAAGGAAAGUCCAAAAGCUAAGUCAGAUGAAUCUGGAGAAGAGAAAAAUGGGGAUGAUGAUGGCCAGAAAUCUGGACAGAAGAAGAAAGGGAGCAAACACAAGUGGGUUCCAUUGCAAAUAGACAUGAAGUCAGAUGUGGCCAGAGACAAAACUGCUUUACGUACCAACCGCCAGAAUGAGCAGCUUCGCCACCCGUCUGCCAGCCGUGGUGAGGUCAAAGGACUGAGCCAAGGCCCUCCCUCUUCCCCGGGGUGGCAUCCGGACAACAAACAGGAAAGGGCCUGGCCUGACCAUGAUGAGACGUCAAGCGUGAAGAGUGAGGGGGGAGCCAUUCGGGGCGCGUUCCGGGGCCGAGGCCGGGGGCGAGGCAGAGGCCGGGGCCGAGGCCGGGGCAACACUCGAUCCCACUUUGAUUACCAGUAUGGCUACCGAAAGUAUGACUGCUCUGAUGGCUCUCGCACCCCCAAGUACCAAAGUAACAUUACUUAUUACUUUGACAAUGUGAGCAGCAAUGAUUUAUAUAAUGUGGACCAGGAACUGCUGAAAGACUACAUUAAGCGACAGAUUGAAUACUAUUUCAGUGUGGAUAAUUUGGAGCGAGAUUUCUUCCUACGGCGUAAAAUGGAUAAUGACGGUUUCCUUCCUAUCACCCUCAUUGCCUCCUUCCACAGAGUGAAAGCCCUCACUACCGAAGUGGGCCUCAUCAUCCAGGCCCUAAAGGAUAGCAAAGUGGUUGAGAUUGUAGAGCAGAAAAUCCGGAGGAAGGAGCAGCCUGAGAAAUGGCCCCUACCAGGACCCACGAUGACAGAUUAUUCCCAGACUGACUUCUCUCAGCUUAUCAACUGCCCUGAGUUUGUGCCCCGACAAAAUUUCCAGAAGGAAACAGAAUCAGCACCAGGUUCUCCACGCUCGGCCACCCCUGUGCCAACUAAGACAGAGGAGGUCAGCAACCUAAAGACGCUACCAAAGGGCCUCUCAGCCAGCCUGCCAGACCUAGAUUCAGAAAAUUGGAUAGAGGUAAAGAAGAGACCUCGGCCCUCUCCAGCAAAGCCCAAGAAAGCAGAGGAGCCCAAGUUCCUACAACAAACAGCUCCACUUCAGCAAUUGAAAUCCAAGGACCAAGAUGAGCCAGAAGAAUUAGAUUUCUUGUUUGAUGAAGAGAUGGAACAAAUGGAUGGGCGGAAGAACACCUUCACUGACUGGUCAGAUGAGGACUCAGACUAUGAGAUUGAUGACCGGGAUGUCAACAAGAUCCUCAUUGUCACACAGACUCCACCUUACUUACGGCGCCAUCCUGGGGGUGACCGUACUGGUAACCAUACCUCCCGAGCCAAGAUGAGUUCAGAGCUGGCCAAAGUUAUAAAUGACGGGCUCUUCUACUAUGAGCAGGAUCUAUGGACAGAGAAGUUUGAACCCGAAUACUCCCAGAUCAAGCAAGAAGUUGAGAAUUUCAAGAAAGUAAAUAUGAUUAGUCGGGAGCAGUUUGAUACAUUGACCCCUGAGCCCCCUGUUGAUCCCAAUCAAGAAGUCCCACCUGGACCUCCACGAUUCCAGCAAGUUCCCACAGACGCCUUAGCCAAUAAACUGUUUGGUGCCCCUGAGCCCUCAACCAUUGCCCGAUCUCUGCCAACCACUGUCCCCGAGUCACCGAAUUACCGCAACACCAGGACUCCUCGGACCCCCCGCACUCCCCAACUCAAAGAUGCAAGCCAGACAUCCCGAUUUUACCCAGUGGUGAAAGAAGGAAGAACGAUAGAUGCCAAGAUGCCCCGAAAAAGGAAGACACGGCAUAGCUCAAACCCACCUAUGGAGUGUCAUGUGGGAUGGGUCAUGGAUUCCCGUGAGCACAGGCCCCGGACAGCAUCCAUCAGCUCCAGCCCCUCUGAGGGCACCCCAGCUGUUGGCAGCUAUGGCUGCACCCCACAGUCACUGCCCAAGUUCCAGCAUCCUUCCCAUGAGCUGCUCAAAGAGAAUGGCUUCACACAACAUGUCUACCACAAGUAUCGUCGGCGCUGCCUUAAUGAGCGGAAACGGCUAGGCAUUGGCCAGUCCCAAGAGAUGAAUACCCUUUUCCGCUUCUGGUCCUUCUUCCUCCGGGAUCACUUCAAUAAGAAAAUGUAUGAAGAGUUUAAGCAGUUGGCCGUAGAAGAUGGCAAGGAGGGCUACCGGUAUGGUUUGGAGUGCCUUUUUCGAUAUUACAGUUACGGUCUGGAAAAGAAGUUCCGACCUGAUAUUUUCAAGGAUUUCCAGGAUGAGACUGUGAAGGACUAUGAAGCGGGGCAGCUGUAUGGGCUGGAAAAGUUCUGGGCCUUCUUAAAAUAUUCCAAAGCCAAAAACUUGGAUAUUGACCCCAAACUUCAAGAAUACCUCGGCAAAUUCCGACGUCUAGAAGACUUCCGAGUGGAUCCCCCCAUGGGUGAGGAAGGCAGCCACAAGAGGUACGCAGCGCCGGCAGGAGGAGAAGUCAGGAAACGGUAUCCGUCCCAGUCUUCCAGCAAACCGGCCACAGCGCCCAGCCAAGCCCAUGUCCCACCUGCCAGUCAGUCUACAAGGGAAGAUGCCAAAAUAUCAAGCCAGCCCUCAGACAUACAGACUUUGGGAAAGUGAAGGGCUGUUUCCCAUUUGGACUUGGGGAAGGAAGUAGAAAGAGAAGGUUAUGAGAAUGGAGAGGUUGGAGUGAAGAUGGACAAUCCAAGAACAGGCCACUGUAGUGCACACAACUUGACAAUAAGAGACUGGCUUCUGGCCACUGUGAUGACUCAUCAAAAGGAGACUCCCAUCCCUACCCCCUACUUUUCCCUCACAAGUCUUCAUGUCUCAACUUAUUUGGCCCGGGGUGGGAAGGAGAAGAGUUUGAGAGAGAGAGAGA